GAAACAUUGGUCACACUAUAUAAAGUUUGUAUAUGUGAAUCAGUGUAACUCAUACCCAUGUAACUGGGGGUCUGACUGUAUUUGGAUUUUUUUGAUAAGGCUUCAUGGGCUAAGGAAAAGAGCACUGGGCUGAGACUCAGGAGACCUGGUUUCUAGCCCCAGCUGUACCUCUAAUUGUAACCUUGGUUUUGAACCAUGUGCAAUGAUGUUUGACCUGUGUGAUUCAACAUGAAAAGAAUUUAACUAGCUGCUCUUGCCGAGUCUUUUGUCAUGUCUCCUGAAUGCAUGCUAUUUCUUUAUAGCCCAAGAUAGCUUUCUUCUAUUUUGUGUAUAGAAAGUUCUGGAUGAUAGAAGGCACCAGAUAUCCAGAGUACCAGUGUUACUGUAUCAGAAUUGCAGCUCUGCAACCUUCACAGUUGUUGAUCACAUAGCAUGGUCAUCCACUCACAGCUUAAAAAAAUACAGGGAGCAUCGGAGAGAAUGGGAGAUACUACUCGUCAACGAAUCAAAUUCAGUGAUGACAGAGUAUGCAAGAGUCACCUUCUCAACUGUUGCCCCCAUGAUGUCCUCUCUGGAACUAGAAUGGAUCUUGGAGAAUGUCUGAAAGUCCAUGACCUGGCUUUAAGGGCGGAUUAUGAAAUUGCAUCCAAAGAACAAGAUUUUUUCUUUGAGCUUGAUGCUAUGGAUCAUCUGCAGUCAUUCAUUGCAGAUUGUGAUCGAAGAACAGAAGUGGCUAAGAAAAGAUUAGCAGAGACUCAAGAAGAGAUUAGUGCUGAAGUGGCAGCAAAGGCAGAACGUGUUCAUGAGUUAAAUGAAGAAAUUGGUAAAUUGUUGGCCAAGGUGGAACAACUAGGAGCUGAAGGGAAUGUGGAAGAAUCCCAGAAAGUAAUGGAUGAAGUAGAGAAAGCACGGGCAAAGAAAAGAGAAGCUGAGGAAGUUUAUCGGAAUUCUAUGCCAGCUUCCAGUUUCCAACAGCAGAAACUUAGGGUCUGUGAAGUCUGCUCUGCCUAUUUAGGUCUUCAUGAUAAUGACAGAAGAUUAGCUGAUCAUUUUGGGGGUAAAUUGCACCUGGGAUUUAUUGAAAUAAGAGAGAAGCUUGAAGAAUUAAAGAGAGUUGUGGCUGAGAAGCAGGAGAAAAGAAACCAGGAACGCCUGAAACGAAGAGAAGAGAGGGAGAGAGAAGAAAGGGAGAAGCUGAGGAGGUCUCGAUCACAUAGCAAGAAUCCGAAAAGAUCCAGGUCCAGAGAGCAUCGCAGACAUCGGUCUCGCUCCAUGUCACGGGAACGGAAGAGGAGAACUCGCUCCAAAUCUCGGGAGAAACGCCAUCGCCACAGAUCCCGUUCUAGCAGCCGCAGCCGAAGCCGCAGCCACCAGAGAAGCGGGCACAGUUCUAGAGACAGGAGCAGAGAGCGAUCCAGGAGGAGAUCCUCAAAAGAAAGAUUCAGAGACCAAGACUUAGCAUCACGUGACAGAGACAGGAGUUCAAGAGACAGAUCACCUCGUGACAGAGAUCGAAAAGAUAAGAAGCGGUCCUAUGAGAGCGCUAAUGGCAGAUCAGAAGACAGGAGGAGCUCUGAAGAGCGCGAAGCAGGGGAGAUAUAAUUAGCUAUGUACACAUCCUCAAUCCUUAAGCUUCCUCUGGAGUUACAUACUAUUGUUUAGUUUACAGCUGUUCGGGGUGACACAGUGAGCAGUUCCAGACACCAAUCCAGCUAGGCUAGAUGUACAGUAUCUAACUUGAUCUGAACUGAACUUGUUUUCCUUGUGAAGCCUAGAGCUACAUCCAUAGUUUCUCGUGAAGCUGUAAUACAAUUCUGAAAGAAAGUUUUAUAUAAUAAGAUGCCAUGUCUUUAUUCUUUCUAGUAGGAGUGACAGUGAAUGAAUUGUGUUACUUGCCCUGGGAUUUUUUGAACCUUUGUAAAAUGCUGUCUUCCUUUCUAGUUCAAACAGCAGCAGCUUUGGGAAUUUUUUUUUUUUUAUUCUUCUUCCUGACUUUUGUAUCCUCUAAUUUCAAGAGAAAGGGGGGCAGGGAAGCAAUAUAACUUCUGUUCUAAGAUUCUAUUCCCAUUAUUAAUUACUAGCUGAUUACAGUUCAGAGCAUUAUAUUGGAAUGUGUGCUGGAGAAAUUUAAAGUACUGGGAGGUUUUCUUUGUUUGUUUAACGGUGCCUAUUUAGAGUUGGAACUUGAACAGCUGUUGCAUUACAUAGUUUGCUUUUGUAUUGAAAUUUUGAAAUCAGACAUGUCUUGAUUUUUCUGUUCUAUUGAAUUGCUACGUUCAGGAUGUUUUGAAGAGGGGGGUGGGGGCAGGGACUCUUUCAUAAGCACUUCUUGUUUUAUUUUGUGUGUGUGGAGUAUAAAGGCUACACCCUUAUUGUGAAAAAAAAUAAUAAUAGUAAUAAAAUGAAAGAAACAAUCACCACCACCAUCAUUAAACUGUAACUUGUCUAGUAAAUUGUCACUAGAACUAUUUGCUGUGGGCAUUUCUUCUAUUCUGUUAUAUCAUUAAUGGUGCCUUGCUGGAAGGCACCAAAGGAAAUAAAUACAUACUUGCCAAGAUUCAGGAUGAACUCUUGCUCCACCUGGGCUCCUUGCUGACUCUAUUCCAGCUGCUUCAGGGUUGUUUGUAAUAACUGCUGUGGAGAAGGACCGGACUGGCAGAAGAAGUUGGUUUUUCUGUUUGUUUUUGGUUUGUUUUGUUUUUCUUCUCCUCCAGCAAACUGAAAUAAAAACGUGGUGUAACCAA